GAUGAUGAUGGAAAAAUUCGGUUAUAUGCACAAUCUCUCGCAAAGCAAUUUCAAUUAGAAGUUCAUCCUGAAUAUUCACCAAUUGAUAUCUUGGCCGACUUUAAUUCAGAUUUUCCAUUUUGGUUCGAAGGCGAUUCACCAAUCCAACCAAAUCAAAUUGGUUUUGAAGAACUCGUAUUACAUGAAUUGACACAUGGACUUGGUUUUCUUUCUAGUUGGAGUAAUGAUUAUCUUGAAGAAGAUUCUUCAUUCCUUACUCCUAAUAUUGAUGGUAUUUUUUAUAAUGUUGGUGAUAAUGUAGAAAGUAAAUCUGUAUUGGUCUUUCGUGGGUUUUUAGAAAAUGCUUUUGAUAAAUAUAUGAUUUUAACGUCAGAUAGAACCCGUACAACAGAAUUAACAUCAGAACUUAAUAAAUUCCUGGAUGGUCAAGAUAAAAUAUUUCUUUCCGUUAACGAAUUUAUCGCAAAGUUUAAAGCUUCACCACAACUUAAUAUAGCAAAACAAAUGUACAAAACUUGCACUGAAGCUAAUUCUAUAGAAUUUUUAGCCAACACCUCUAAUUCAAAAAAUAAUGCAGUAAUAUUAGAGACUAGUAUAAGUCCUUUCCGAGUUGGCGCCAGCAUAAGUCAUGUAGACGAAAAUUUAUUUAAUUCUAGCGAUUUUUUAAUGACCUUUGAACAAGUACUUGGAAGGACUCUUGAAGAUUCUAUUGCAGCAGGUGGUAGUGAAGGUGGUAAAGAGAAAGCUAUCGGACCAAAAAUAUUGGCUAUUUUGGAAACUUUGGGGUGCGUACCUUUAAAAAUCAUUAUUACGAAUCAAAAGUUAUAUUAUUAA